GGCGACCUGCGUCACUGAUCGGAAAAUUUGCUCAACGCGGUUUCUGAAAGCGACGCAUAAUAUAUAAUCGAAUUCGAAGCACAGUAGCACACUAAUGCAGAAUCAAAAUCUCCCCAAUUUCCUUUAUGAUCGAAUCCCUAAAAUUCAAGCAAUGUCUAUGCUCGUGGACUGUCCUAACUGCCGUACAACGUUGAAUCUACCGGAGGGAGCCAGAUCGAUAAGAUGUUCUGUAUGCCAAACCGUUACUAAAAUCGCUGACACCGUUGUACCCUCUCUUCGCCCUUCUCCGUUUGCUGAUGUGACGGGGUAUGCGCCUUCACCAUCGCCUUACACUAAUGCUCCGCCGUAUCCUUACGGCGUUUCUCCGUUUCCGGGUCUAGCGGCGCAUGUUCCUUCGCCUUACAACAAUGCUCCGUCAUCUCCUUCCGCUGUUACAGCGUAUCCUGGUCUAGUGCCACAUAUGCCUUCACCGUCGCAUUUGAGCUAUUCCCCGCCGUCCGUAUAUGGUAGGAAGAAGGCGGUGAUCGUCGGCGUAUCGUAUAAGAACACUAGUCACGAACUUAAAGGAUGCCUUAAUGAUGCUAAAUACAUGAAAUACCUUCUGAUCAAGACAUUUCAGUUUCCCGAAUCUUCUAUUCGUAUGCUCACUGAAGAAGAAACAGACUCUAGCAGGAUCCCAACAGCACGUAACAUGAGGACUGCACUCUCUUGGCUAAUCGAAGGAUGUCAACCAGGAGACUCUCUCGUCUUUCACUUUUCCGGCCACGGUUCACGGCAGAGGAACCUCAACGGCGACGAGCUUGAUGGGUAUGACGAAACCUUGUGCCCCUUGGAUUUUGAAACAGAAGGUAUGAUCAUUGACGACGAAAUCAACGCAACAAUCGUCAGACCUCUUCCUCUGGGAGCCAAACUUCAUGCAAUCAUCGAUUCUUGCCAUAGUGGGACUGUUCUAGAUCUCCCAUUCCUCUGCAGAAUGAACAGUUCUGGGCAUUACGAAUGGGAGGAUCAUCGUCCUACAGCACCAGGCAUAUAUAAGGGUAGUAAUGGAGGCGAAGUCAUUUCGAUCAGCGGAUGUGACGAUGAUCAAACAUCUGCUGAUACAUCGGCGUUAUCAAAAAUCACAUCAACAGGAGCGAUGACGUUCUGUUUUAUAGAAGCUAUAGAACAUGGAAACGCGUCUACUUAUGGAAGCUUGUUAAGUUCAAUGCGUAACACCAUCCGUAAUGCAUCAAGAGGGUUUGGUUCUGCGAAUUCUGUGCAUGAUAUGCUGUCAAGUAAUCGUGGGUUCACUCAGGAACCACAAUUGACUUCAUGUGAGCCUUUCGAUGUGUAUGCAAAACCAUUCUCCUUCUGAUCUUCAUAUUUGAUGAAGACGCACAUUCUAGUUGAGUACAGUUUGUAGAAUUUGUCCCUGUGUGUGUGUGAUUGCUAACUGUAAAGAAGUCAGUAUCUUUAUAAGUGUGGAUAUAUAUUAGCUUUCUUGCUACCAUAUGAUGGCUUGUAACAAAGAUAUAUUAGAUUUGGA